AUGGUGAGUAAAAUCCUGGCUCGAUCCUCUGCUAAGAAAGCGGUGUUGUUGGUAUGUGAUUUGCAGGAUGCCUUCGCCAAGACGAUUCAGAAUAUGCCACACAUCGUUCAGACAGCUAACACGCUCAUCAGCGCCUCCAGAGUUCUCGACUUCCCCGUAGUCGUUACAGAGCAGUAUCCUGAGAAGCUUGGAGGGUCGGUGGCCGCCUUGGAUAUCAAAGGCUGUCCAGUGUUUGCCAAGAAACCUUUUACUAUGAUGACUGAGGAGGUGAAGAAGUACUUGGAUACUCAUUUCCAUGAAAGAGAUCAGUUCAUUUUGUGCGGUAUCGAGGCUCAUGUCUGCAUCAUGCAAACUGCAUUGGAUAUUCUCACAGACCGUCCAGAUGCCACUCUGUUCGUGGUUACAGAUGGCGUUUCCGCCAGUCGUUUGCUGGACAGAUCGACAGCCUUCGAACGUCUCUCGCGAGCAGGAGCGGUCCUGACUACCAGUGAGAGCAUCCUCUUCGAUAUGAUGCGUACGAAGGACCACCCCAAUUUCAAGUGGGUCUCGCCAUCUUUCCCGAUUCAUAAAGGCCUCUCUAUGCAGGGAUAUAUCGGCUGUCGCCACUCUUUGUUUCUCAUGUCAAAGGAGCCCAUGCUUUGUGUUCGUAAAGACUUGGGGUAG